GGCGCUCCGAGGUUCUUUUUUCCCACCGAAAGGAGAGGACAGGAACAGCAGAGAGAGGGGGAGGGGGAGCCGGAGGGGAAGGAAAGAAGGAUCCGGAAUCUCGCCGGCGGGGCCGGGUGAUGCCGAUGGGGGAGGUGGCGGCGCGGCCAGGAGGGGGAGUGGGCGGGAUGGUGCUGGGAGGCGGCGCGGCGGCGGCGGCGGUUGGGGGGGAUGACGCCGUCGUCAUGCAGCUCAGCGCCGCCGAGGGAGAGGAGACCGUCAUCACCGUCAACUGCCCCGACCAGGCCGGCCUCGGCUGCGACCUCUGCCGCACCAUCCUCGAGUUCGGCCUCCGCAUCACCCGCGGCGAUGUAUCCACCGACGGACACUGGUGUUUCGUGGUGUUCUGGGUCGUGCCCCGCUCCUCGUCCAUCAAAAUCCGGUGGGCGAGCCUCAAGAACCGCCUCAUGUCGAUGUGCCCUUCCUCAUAUUCCAUCCCUUUCUACCCUGACAUCAGCCAGCCAGGCCCCCCCAAGUUCUACCUCCUCAAGCUCUUGUUACCUGAUCGCAAAGGAUUGUUACAUGAUGUGACGCAUAUACUAUCAGAGCUUGAGCUUUUAAUCCACAGAGUGAAGGUGUCGACCACGCCUGAUGGAAGAGUUGUGGAUCUCUUCUUUAUCACUGAUGGCAUGGAACUGUUGCACACCAAAGAAAGGCAAGAAGAGACUUGCUCGACACUUAUUGCUACCUUGGGUCAUUCCAUAAGCUGUGAGGUUCUAUCCGCAGAAGGUUUCCAGCAAGGAUUCUCUUCUCUUCCUCCGAAAAUUGCUGAGGAACUGUUCAGGGUGGAACUAGCUGGCAGUGAGAUCUGCUCGAGUUCACUCAGUGCAGAGUUGAAAAGGGUUCAGACGGCCACCAUUAACUUUGACAAUUCCCUGAGCCCUGCGCACACACUGGUCCAGAUUAUUUGCGCUGAUCAGAAGGGGCUCAUCUAUGACAUCUUGAGAACUAUGAAGGACUGUAACAUUCAGAUAUUUUAUGGGCGGUUCAGAUCAGACAAGAAAGGGUCAGUUAAUAAAGGUUGUCGAGAGGUUGAUCUUUUUGUCAAACAAGUAGAUGGCAAGAAGGUUAUAGAUCCUGAGAAACAGGAGGCUCUGCGGUCACGCCUGAGGUCUGAGAUGCUCCAUCCUCUUAGAGUGAUGAUCGUCAGUCGUGGACCUGACACAGAACUCCUUGUUGCCAACCCGGUUGAGCUAUCCGGGAAGGGACGACCGCGCGUAUUCUAUGAUGCUACUCUUGCUCUGAAAGCGCUUGGAAUCUGCAUUUUCUCUGCUGAAAUUGGGAGACAGGCAGCAUCGGAGCGUCAAUGGGAGGUCUACAGAUUCCUCCUGGACGACAGCAAAGAAUUCCCUUUGGCAAACAGCCCAACAAAUAGGAACCGUGUUGUCGAUAGGGUAAGGAAAACGCUGAUGGGCUGUUACAACUAAGGAUCGGUUUCUGUCUCCAAAGAAUCCAAAGCUUGAAGGCGACUGAUACAGUCAGCUCCAAUGUAUCCAGUAAAUUAUGUACCUGAAAGGCUGAAACUAUGGCCACUCCCGAAUCCAGAAUGUUGUGGCAGUCCAAGUGAUACACUUCCUGACCAAAAUUGGUAUCUCUAGCUCCGUUGUCAGCUACCCACAAUUGCCCGCUCUGUCGAGGUAAAUGGUGAUGGGACAUGCCAAAGGAUCAUCUAAGCCUUCAACCCUCUGCUAUCUCGCGAAAUUUCAGAUACGUCAGUAUAUUUGUAAAGAAUCAAUGCAAGACUUUUGGCAAGUGAUGUUCGCUGGAGUUGAUCAAUGUAGAGCAUAUGGUCGCUGGCAAUGGAGAAACUGGAGGUGGUGUUAAUCUCCCAGCCUCUGCUGUGUUGUGCACAUGUUGAAAAAGAAAGAUAUGAGAAGAUGAGAUCGAAAAAGGAGCAUGUUUGGUGGGAGGUGCAAGUCGCUGGAGCAAUGAUUGAGCUUUUGUUUGAUUCAGGGGAUUACUGGAUGCUGACACAGAUACAUGCAUGAGCCGGUUUGUUGUAAAUUAUUUUAGUGGAGAUGUUGUUGUCCUCCUACAUCUGCUUCACCACCUUGUCUUGUUUUCCUGCCUCCUUCCUACCUUCUUGUAUGAUUGCUGCUAGUACUUUCAGAAUCGAGAGUAAUGUAAAGCAUGUCUCCUCAUGUAAGCGCAAUUUGUACUUGUUUGUAAGGAUGCAGAAAUGUACAUGGCAUUGUGCACAGGUGCAAUUGGUUACCCGGAAAGGCAUAUGUAUUUAAGUCGGAAAGUAGGCAGAUGAUGGAUGCUGCUGUUGCACCUGACUAGUCUGAGGUAGUAUUCUGAAAGCCACUUGUUUCAGGAAAUGAAAGCAGAUAAUAAUGCUGUAA